AUAGCAGAUCCAGAUUGAAAUAAUUUAUACACCAACUCCAAUAAAAUUUAUACAACGUGACCCCCUUAAAUUAACCCCAUCCUCGUCACCAUCAUUCCUCCUAUUCUCUCACUAAAACCACCUCCCCCCUCUCUCUCUCUCCUCACUAACCGAUUCAUUUACUCAUAAUUCGGAAUCAAGCCUACCUCCAAAAUUCCCUUCCCCUGUAAACUCCCGCUGCAACCACGAUUUAAGGUUUAGCUUUUCCAAUCGAACUGCCGCGGAAGGUUAAUCAUGGCUUUCGAUUGCAACAGCAAUCACCGCAAACCGCUGCUGUUUUCCGAUUUAUUCAAAAAUCACCGAAACUCGGCGCCCCUGGAGAAGGAGCAGCACGACGCGGCGAUAAUAUCCGCCUCCAGCUCUAGCCCUAGCUCCAGUUCGACUCAGUUCCUGUCGUCUUGGGACUCCUCCUCCUCCUCCGGGUUCAGCACGCCGCUCCGCUCCGACUUCGGCUCGUCGGAGGGCGACGAUGCCGAUUUCAUCGCCGAAUUGACUCGCCAGAUGGCCGAGUGUAUGCUCGACGACGAUGAACACUCCGCCGCCGAUAACGUUUAUGAGGUUAGUGGCUACGAAAACUCCGGCGCCGUUAGCAGUCUCAAAACCGAGUCGUACUCGAGUUCUGUUAGCGCCGACGAUCCGACUCAGCCUAGUAUUCAGGUUUAUGAGUUGAAGAACCAGCCGCCGGUGACGAAGGAGCGUUCGACUCGGGGAAGACGAGUGAGGCGGAGGAGCGAGUCAGCUCAGCCGCAACAGUUGCAGAAAACAGAGCAGCAGUAUAAGCAAUACAGAGGCAUAGAAUGGGGAGGAGUUGGGAUAAAUGGAUAUUCCGGGUCGGGUAUGCAAGCGGUUUUUCUUGGCGGAUCCGGAACGAGAAUCGGGUCUAAUGGUACCGGAGUUUUCCUGCCCCGUGAUCCGACUGAACUAAAAAACAAAUCGGGUUGCUCUAUGGUGUUGAUGCCAACAAGAGUGCUUCAAGUUCUGGAGAAACAUUUUAGCAGAAUUCAACAAGAUUCCAUUGCCCCACCACCGAGUGGUGGGUCCCCCAAAGAUGAAGAUGAACCUACAAUAUCAAGUGGGCCCGAGGUCGAAUCACCAGAGUUGGAGAUCCAACCUCCAGAUGCCGACGAGAUGCAACUGCCGCAUGAAUGGACGUACUAGCUAUCCUAUCUCGUCCCACACCCGAUUAAUAAUGUAGGGUUAGUCCAAAUUGUUCAGUCUCCUAAGGGGCACAGGAAGAAAAAUAAAAAGAUAAAUUUGGACAGGUUGGAAAAUGAAUCUUCAAGAGAUAAUAAUUAAUAAAUGAGGUUGGGAAAUAAUAACAUGGCUCUCAUUCUCUAUCUGUAAAUUUAGUAUGAAAAUGAUGUCGAGCUUCCUAUUGGAUAUGAAUAAAAUAGUUGCAAGUUGCAUUGAUUUGUAAAUUAUGUAGGGUAUGUGUUGCUUAUUCAUGUUACAAAAGUUAGCUGUAUUUGUUUGGAGAUAGGUCGCAUUCGUUGCUUUGAAUUAGUGGGAAUUAAAAUAUCAUUUGUUAGUAUUGUCGUUUCUUGAAUUGUAAAAUGGUAUUUUAGUUUAUAUAUUUAUAGAUCGAUAAUAAUGUUAUA